AUGGCCAUGCUAGCUUCGAAAGCGUCGUUUCCCGCCGGCUUGGGUGCUUCGUCUCUCACUCCUGUUCCUUCUCAACCCACAAUGGCCCCUCCCAGGAGAGCUCCCACGAUGCCCCCUUCAGGUGCUUAUGGCAGCCCGACAGAAUCCGAAUUCAACGAAAGCGACCCCGCUGAAUCCGUCAAGAACUGGGAUGAAGAGCAAGUCUGCGAAUACCUGCGAUCUGUAAAGUGCGGCGAGUAUGAAAAGAUCUUCCGGAAAAAUCACAUCAACGGCGAGAAUCUCCUGGAAAUGGAUAAAGAUGUGCUGAAAGAAAUGGGUGUUGAGAAGGUCGGCGAUCGCGUCCGCCUUUUCCUUGGCAUCAAAAAGCUGAGAACCCGGGCAUAUGCCAACGAGAAGAAACGAAAUCGGGAUUCAUUUGGCGGGCUCGAUAUUCACAUCACUGCACCCCAUGACUCGCCAAGAAUGCACACAUCUCGAGGUGUUCCGACAUCUGCUUCCAACAAACGGUUUUCGAGGCAAAUGGAUUUACACGGUGCUUUAGAUAAUGGCAUUAAUUCCUCGAGACCAAACUCCCCUCUCCCUGGUACCGAUCUGCGGAACCUAAGGGCCCGAGGGAAGACAUAUGUCACAAGCCCUGCAAAUGCUCAAGGCCAAAGGAUUGUCAUUACCAACCCGGAUCUUCCGGCAAACCGUCUGGUAACGACCCAUACCAGGAAUAACUCCAGUAUGGACGGUUCACUGAUGGCUGCCUUACCACAGGGUCAAGAAGUUAUUCGUGUUAUAUCAACUGGCGGCGUUACGAAGGUUGUCAAGAUUUCCGCGUGUAGUACUUGCGAGGAGGUGAUGCGGGUGACUCUUCGAAAGUUCGCUCUGCGUGAGGACCACGAAAGAAAUUACUGUUUCUGGGUUUUGGCUGGCAUCGAUCCUGAUCCAGGCCAGUGCCGACGACUGGGCGAUACGGAACUUUGGCGCAUUAUCAAGGACCAACGACGGCCGGAACGAAAUCGACUGAUAUUACGGAGGGUUCCAGCAGGCGAACCAGGGGAGGCGGAACUGCAGCGCGCUGCUGCCAUCGCCAUGGAAGAAGAACAACAGAAACACGCUCGUGCUUUGGAAACAGUGGACAAGCGUAGUCAACUUAAGGUCCAGAAGAUGCUCGGGGAGAAAUGGAACGAUCAACUGCAGUCCCCAUUGUCGCCAAUAUCUUACCAGGACCGGGAACGAAAUCUACAUAACGCAGCCAAGGAUCUGGAGCGCCCUCCGUCGGAGAUCGAAUCGCGGCCGGCCCGACGUGUCGGAGCCCUGCGACAGUUUGGCGGUCUUCGACCUCCCAGCGAGUUAAUUGCUUCUGAUCUCACCUCGUACUUCCCUGACCACACCAGAGAAGACAUUGACCGCACAGCCCGACUUUCCAUGCGACGGUCAACUCGCUUGAGCAAGGAUGCGCCUCCCAUCCCAACCAUUGCUGAUUCUUGGCUUAAUGCCAACUCUCAGCUUGCCAAGGUGAAGUCUCGGGACUCUCACAUUCGCGUUCCUCAGAAUGCCUACAACCGGGAUUCAGUAACAUCAUCGGUUCUUGACACCCUUCAAGAGGAGUCUUCUCUCGAGCCCAAUCGCAAGUCUUAUGUCUCCUUUACUGAGAGUGGCUCUGACUCGGCUGCUCUGAGUGUCACUGACCCUGAGGGCAACACCACGGCCACAAGCUACUAUGAUGGUGACAACUCAACGGGCUCCGGAUCAUUCCAGGAGCUUCGCCAAGCAUUGACCAAUGAUGGCGACGACGUAGACGAGGAGCUACAAAGCUUCCUGGCUGGAGAGUCCUGGGGCGACGACAAAUGGAUGAAGGGUGCGCUUAUCGGCCAAGGUUCGUUCGGCAGUGUGUACCUGGCCCUCCAUGCUGUUACUGGAGAGCUUCUCGCUGUGAAGCAGGUCGAGACACCUGCUCCUGGAGCCAACAGCCAGGGCGACACACGCAAGAAGGGCAUGAUCGAAGCACUCAAGCGAGAAAUAAGCCUUCUUCGCGAUCUUCGACAUCCUAAUAUUGUGCAAUAUCUUGGUUGCAGUUCUUCAGCUGAUUAUCUCAAUAUUUUCCUCGAGUAUGUGCCUGGUGGAUCAGUUCAGACGAUACUCAACUCAUACGGUGCGCUUCCAGAGCCGCUGGUUCGCAGUUUUGUUCGGCAGAUUCUGACUGGCCUUUCAUACCUACAUAACCGAGACAUUAUCCAUCGCGACAUCAAGGGAGCCAACAUCCUGGUGGACAACAAGGGAACCAUCAAGAUUUCUGAUUUCGGUAUUUCAAAGAAGCUGGAGGCCUCCAAUAUUCUAAACGGCGCCAACAACAAUAAGCACCGUCCGUCACUACAAGGAUCCGUUUUCUGGAUGGCGCCUGAAGUUGUGAAGCAAACAUCGUAUACCCGCAAAGCAGACAUCUGGUCGCUUGGAUGUUUGGUGGUGGAGAUGAUGACUGGUAGUCACCCUUUCCCCGACUGCAGUCAGCUCCAGGCUAUCUUCAAGAUUGGGGGCGGAAAGGCGGCUCCUACAAUCCCUGAACAUGCGAGCGAGGCAGCCAAAGAGUUCCUUGCGCAAACCUUUGAAAUUGACCACAACCUACGACCUAGCGCGGACCAGCUGAUACUCAGCCCCUUCCUGAUCCCAAUCACCUAA